AUGGUCAGUCAAGAAGAAAGAGAGCAACCAUCUCAAAUAACAGGUCAGAUUUACUCGGCGGCAGGGAUAGUUCAACAGACCGUAGCAUCGGUGAUCCCAUCUGCUUUGGGUGGAGAUGCGAUUUUACAAGGUGGUAAAAACCUCGAACAAUCCGGUAAAUUACAAGUGGACGAAGCGAAAAGCAAAAAAGCUUUGGAAAGCACUAUUGAUUCAGGUGUAGGUAAAGCUAAAUCAGCCUUCGGAUAUCUCACAUCUGAUCAAGAAAAGCAAAAUCAAGGCAACAAAGAAUCUGAAAAAGCUCAAUGGGAUAAUAAACAGGCUACAUCAGAUUCAAUUUUGGCUGUACCCAUACCAUCCGAAGAAGGCUUAAAAGGAAAAUUACAAUCUGUUCAAGGUAUGAUAACAGGUGAUCAAGAGUUACAAAAGCAAGGUAAUGUGAAAGCUGAAAAAGCUGCUUGGAAAGAUGGUGUUUAA